AUGAAGGACACAUUGAAGGAACUGAUGAAUUACUGGAGGCUUUAUGUUUUGACAUUGGUGCUAGGAAUAGGGGGAUCAUUUCAAUAUGGCAUUCAAGUUUCAAUCUUGGCCUCCCCUGCAGAACAUAUACAGAGUUUUGUGAACCAGACUUGGCUGGGGAGGUAUGAGGUCCCAGUAGAGGAGUCUACCAAAAUGCUGAUCUGGUCUUUCAUCGUGUCGGUGUUCAGCAUCGGGGGCUGGCUGGGUGCUAUACAUAGCGGGACCCUCCCAGUAGUCUAUGGCAGGAAGAAAGCCUUACUGAUCAAUAACAUUGUGGCAAUUGUUGCUGCUUUACUGAUGACCCUAAGUCGAGUGGCUAAGUCCUUUGAGAUGAUUCUGCUGGGCAGACUCCUUUAUGGCUACAAUGUGGGCCUUGGCCUCAGUGUGCACCUAAUGUAUCUAGGAGAGAGCUCUCCAAAGAAAAUGCGUGGAUUCUUGACUCUUACCAGCUCCAUCUUCAGUGCCUUUGGGAAACUUGUUGGUGCAAUAGUUGGAAUUAGGGAGCUAAUGGGCACAGAUGACAUGUGGCCCUACCUCCUGGCCGUGAGUGGCAUCCCAGCCUUACUGCAGUUUCUGACACUCCUCUGUUUCCCGGAGGCACCACGCUACCUCUACAUCGACAAGGGAGACGAGGAAGGCUGCAAGAAAGCUUUAAGGUGGCUCUGGGGCGAAGAUGACAUGAAAAUGGAGCUGGAAGACAUGAGCAAGGAGCGCGACGCAACGCAUGGACAGAAGGCCAAGACAGUUUGUGAUGUCCUGCGCUCUCGCUCAGUGCGCUGGCAGCUGCUUGCCCUGGUGAUCCCCUGUGCUGGGGUGCAGCUUUGUGGCAGCACAGCGCUCUACUUCUACGCAUUUGAUAUUUUCUGUCAAGCUGGGGUACCAAAGGAUCAGAUGCACUACCUUACCAUUGGGCUUGGUGCCACUGAAUUCCUUGCCAUCAGUCUGUGUUCACUGUUGAUAGACCGUGCAGGCAGGAAGAAGCUGAUGGGUAUUGGCUACAUCCUAAUGGGGAUUAUAAUGUCGGUUCUGACAAUUUCAUUGUAUUUCAAGGAUUAUUACCUCUGGGUCCCAUACCUUAAUAUAAGUCUCAUUUUCUUUGUCAUCUGUAUUUAUGGAGUUGGACCAGCUGGUGUGUCUAUGACCCUUCCUGCUGACCUCUUCCUGCAAGCAUGGCGACCCUCUGCAUACGUCAUCAGUGGCACCGUCGGCUGGGUUAGCCUGUUCUUCAUUGGAAUGUUCUUCCCUUUUGUAGUGGAUGGCUUGGGAGAGUCAUGUUUCCUGAUCUUUGUGACCUACUGCAUCAUUAGUGGCACCUUCAUGCUCUGCUUCAUUCCUGAGACCAAGGACAAGACCAUGGUGGAGAUCAUGGAGGACUUCAACAAACUCAAUUUCAAGGACAGGGAAUCCAAUAUUAAGACCAAAAAUUUUGUCCUUGCAACAAAACUAUGA